AUGGCGGACGAAGAGGUUCCUGAUGGAGUGUUGCCGAUUUUGAUCACUGGACCAACUCAAACAAUCAUCGAAUGCGUCAUCGACGAGCACGUAACCGAAGAAAACCCGCAUAAGCUCAUUCCAAAAGAUGUAUUCCUCAAAGAUAUCCAAACCCGUGCCGCUGUGUCCGAUUUUCAGCCAUUCAAGAAGAGCUUCAUCGAUUCGGACUGCGAAGAAAUCCUAGUUGUGAUGGAUGCUGAGUUUCUAUACGGGCAGAACUUUUACCUGUGUAUGACGGAAAAGGCGAAGAAUACCGUUUUGUAUCCUGGUAUGGAACUUGGGGAGGAUGGAGCUCCCGUUGGCGAUAUAGGGCAAGCUGGACCAGGUGCUGCGGCCGAGGAAUCCAACGAAGUUUUCGUGUAUCGACCUCCUUCACCAAGACCGUGGAUUUCCAUGGGCUCAGAAAAGGAGAUCGAAGAAAUUCGGGUUAAAAAUGAACGACCAUUGAUUAAUCUCCGCUGUUCAAGAAAAAGAAAACAUUUCGGCAAGAAAUUUAACUUCAGCACAUCAAAUGGCGAAAUUCUAAAUGUAGCGGCAGAAGAAUCGCGGCCGAAUCAAACACAUCGAAUGCUGCACGACAUGGCAAUCCAAUCAGUUAAAACGAAGACAGAAGGCGAAACGCAAACUUUCUGCCCGGAAAUGCGCAACCAGUGGAGUCAGUACGAAGCUCGGACCGAGUCAGUCGUGUCCAAUGAGGAGCUGGAAAAGAAAUUUGCAAAUGUGAUUCCGCUGGUGAACCUGGCGCUUCAGCAAAAUGAGCUGGUCAAUGUGUUUGAUGAUCCAUGGGCGGAAUUGGGCGACGAAGAUGAUGGCUUUGGUUCCAAGUCAGACGGGCACUUGCGCGAAUACCAGAGUUUCACCGAUCUCAUGUACUCAAAGGACAAGCGUUUGACAGCUGUCGAAUGGCAUCCCCACAUCAAGAGUAUUAUCGCCGUUUCCUGCGCGCAGAGAUAUUCGCUAUACGAGCGGAUUGAGAAGGCGCCGAAGCUUUUGCUCAGUCGCAAGCUUAUUCUUAUUUGGAGCUUCCAGGAUCCAAUUCACCCUUGUAUCCUAUUGGAGGCGCCCGCUGAUGUCUAUUGUUUCAAGUUCAACCCGACAAACCCAAAUCUAAUUGCUGCAGGAUGCAUAAAUGGCCAAAUCGUCAUCUGGGACAUCGCCGAGCACAAGGAAAGACUCGUCCAAGAAAAAGCCCAGUCGAAGAAAAAAACAUCUCUAUUUGGCGAAAAAGUCGGCCCAGAGACUCCAAUUAUUAUGUGGAAGGCAGUUUCCUCGAUUGAAAAUGGACACAAAGGAGCUGUCACGCAGAUAAAUUGGGUUCCAGCUGGCCUUCAAGCGACCAAAAAUGGCGUCUGGGAAAAAGUCGCCGACAAAGAGCCGGUUCAGAUAUUUACGACCUCCUCAGAUGGCUCAUACGCAAUCUGGGACUUGAGACCUCCACCGGUGAAAAAAUCCAUGACGCAGUUGAAGAAAAAGAAGCCAGGUGCAGAAGAUCCUCUUGAGAUCGAUCCUUGGGCACAUCUUAAUCUUGUCUGGAAACCACUCCUGAAAGCAACUCUUAGCAAGGGCGAAAAUGGGUGCCAUCGUCCUUCCAGAAUAUGCUUCGACUUUUCCGGAGAAGAUGGUUUCCCCAAGCCUGAAAUCUUUAUCGGGACGCAAGAUGGUGACGUUCUGUGGACGAAAAUAAAGUUGGUAAAAGACGGCGACUCCGGAAAAAUGGGUGCUCCUCCUCCUCUCCUUCUCAAUCCGACUCAUUCAUCGUCAAUUACAUGCGUCAGACGAAGCCCGUUUUUCAAGGAUGUUCUAUUGACAGUCGGCGGCUGCAACUUUUCCAUCUGGAAAGAGUCUGAUGAUGCCACUAUUGCAAAGAUACCGCUACUUUCUGUUCAUUCCAACGAUAAAAAAUAUACAGCAGGCGAAUGGUCUCCCACACGUCCAGGUCUCAUCCUUAUGGCCACCGACGAAGGAAACAUCGAGGUUUGGGAUUUGCUGGAAAAGACUCACGAGCCAAGUGUCGUCCAAAACGUAACCACUGCGGCUAUCACAGACGUUACCGCUUCGAUCAUCAACGCGAAGCUACACUUACUCGCAGUGAGUGACUCUUGCGGAACUCUGCACAUUUUGGAGCUGCCCUGGAACUUGCGACACCCGACGCAAAACGAGAAGUCAUCAGUACAUGGAUAUAUAAAUCGCGAAGAACAAAGAAUACUCUACUUUGACGAAACCGAAAAUCACGAAGAAGAGUCGGAAAAUCUAACCCUAGCUGCCGAUGCAGACAUGCUCGAAAACAUCCAGGACGACGAGCUCGAGGGCGAAUUCAAGGACUAUCUCAAACUCGAGAAAGAAAUCCUCGAAACGCUAACUGUUUAA